AACAGGGCUCUAGAGUCGAGGUGAUGAAGUCAGAUCUUGUUGGCCGUCGCUACCAGAUGCAAUGCUGAACGUCACGCGGGACGUCAACAGCUGCCAGGUCCUUGCCAGGUCCGGGUCCAUGACAAGAUGGCGUCUGAAACCCCUCCGCCCUCGUACUCCAUGUGUCUGCAUCACGGCGGCGCUUGUCCGACUAAAUAUAGUUCCCCGCGGAUAUAUCAGAGCAUCCAAACCGACAUGGACAUGUUAGAUAGAGUUCAUGCGCUGAUCGCAGCGUUGCGGUGUGGGGCCGCAUUCAUGGUGUAAGGGAUCCGCUGCACUGGGUCUCCGCGCACGUGACAUCAUGUCAUCCGAAGAUGGGGAAUUUUUCGGAACGCGCGACGGGUGCUGCCCUCACCCACGCCAGAAAUGUUAAGACCACACACGUACCGACCGCUAUCCCGGGGGCUAUCCAAGACUUCGGCGUCGCUUACACGGUCAGCGCCAUGCGCAGGUCGACGGAGCCUGGCCACGGCCAUCGCUGAAGAGAGGGACCCCGCCGAACUCGACCAGAUCACCACCCUCCCCAAUGGCAUUCGCGUCGCCACCGAAGCCCUGCCGGGCCACUUCUCGGGUAUCGGAGUCUACGUCGACGCCGGCUCGCGGUACGAGAACGAUGCACUGCGCGGAGUCAGUCAUAUCAUCGACCGGUUGGCCUUCAAGUCCACACGCUCCACCACCGGCGACCAGAUGAUGGAGAAGAUAGAGACACUGGGCGGCAAUAUACAAUGCGCGUCUAGCCGAGAGUCGCUCAUGUACCAGUCUGCCACGUUCAACUCCGCCGUCCCCUCCACCGUCGGUGUCCUUGCUGAGACGAUCCGGGAUCCAAUGGUUACGGAGGACGAGAUACAACAACAGCUCGAGACAGCUGACUACGAGAUUGGAGAGAUCUGGAGCAAGCCAGAGUUGAUCCUGCCGGAGCUGGUACACAUGGCAGCGUACAAGGACAACACGCUGGGCAACCCUCUGUUAUGCCCGAAAGAGCGCCUGCCCUUCAUCAAUCGCGCCGUUGUCGAGGCAUACCGGAAAGAGUUCUACAAGCCCGACCGGAUAGUAGUUGCCUUUGCCGGUGUGAACCACAACGAAGCUGUCCGCCUGACAGAAGAGUACUUUGGCGACAUGGAGAAGGGCACCGGCCCAUCGCUCAUCGGUCUCGACUCCACAAAUUCGGCAUCUAACAGCGCACCGCAGCAGCAAAUGUUCACGGCCGACCACCCUACACCCACCGGGGCACCGCCGCAGACCUCGAAACUCCUCUCCAAGAUACCCUUCUUCAAGAACCUCUCCACAUCGGCUACCUCCAACGCCUCCGUCAAUACAUCCCUCGACCUCAACUUCCCGCCGAUAGAUACCUCAUUACCCUCACAGUACACCGGCGGCUUCCUCACACUACCGCCGAUCCCACCACCAGCGAACCCCAUGCUCCCCCGCCUGUCGCACAUCCACCUCGCCUUCGAAGCCCUACCCAUCUCCUCGCCCGAUAUCUACGCCCUCGCGACCCUACAAACACUACUCGGUGGUGGCGGAUCCUUCAGUGCAGGUGGUCCAGGAAAGGGAAUGUACUCGCGCCUCUACACCAACGUUCUGAACCAGCACGGAUGGGUAGAAUCUUGCGUGGCAUUCAAUCACAGCUACACUGAUAGCGGCCUCUUCGGCAUCGCAUCCUCAUGCGCGCCCUCGCACGUCACUCAGAUGCUCGAAGUAAUGUGCCGCGAACUCAAAUCGCUCGGCGACGAAACCGGCUAUUCCGCCCUCAACGACGUCGAAGUCCAACGCGCAAAGAACCAACUGCGCUCCUCGCUCCUCAUGAACCUCGAAAGCCGAAUGGUGGAACUAGAAGACCUGGGCAGGCAAGUCCAGGUACACGGCCGCAAAGUGGGUGUCAAGGAGAUGUGCAAGAAGAUCGAGGACGUUACCGUCAAGGAUCUGAGGAGAGUCGCUCGUCAUGUCUUCGGCGGUCAAGUGAAGAAUGUUGGUGGUGGAUCGGGUGCGCCGACCGUUGUCCUGCAAGAGGGCGAACAGGAGGGGCUGAAGAGGAAAGAGUUUACCUGGGAUGACAUACAGACGAGGAUUGCUAGAUGGAAGCUUGGUCGUAAAUAGAGGACUAUGGGAGUGAUGCGGUUUGGCUGGAGAGGCAACUGUAAAUGCUGUACUUGUAUGAUAGGAGUGGGACAAAAAGAUGAAUAUCAUGAUUACCCUGUGAGCCUCGCACAUGGAGAUAGCUAUUGGUAGCAUGAGAAAUGUAAAAUUACGAAAUU